AUGUUGGUGCUGAGCCCCCUCCGGAUGCGGCCCGUAGGUGCCGGGGCGGGCAAGGGGCGUGUCGGGCCGCGGGGGGGCCGCUGUGAUAACCGCGGGUGCCGGGAGCAGCCAGCACAGGAGAGCGAGAUGAGCCCAGGACCCCCAGCCUGGGCAGCCCGGCCCCGAGGCAGCAGCAUGGGCUCCGGCAGCCCCCAGCACCUCCUCCCUGUGCUCUGCAUCCUCUGCCUGCUGGCCGGGCGCCUGCCCUCUGCCACGGCACAGUGGUUUUAUCCCCUGGGCUUGGACGACACCACCCCGGACCCAGGCACCAGCCCUACAGCACCCAUCCUGGAUGGGGAGGAAGACAGAGAUGCUGUGGAGCCCACUCGGAAGAUGCUGCUGAGCAAACCCCCGCUGGCAACAGCCCACAGACGUCGGGACCCCCUCGCCAGGGGCACAGGGAAGGGUCUGGGUCAUGCCCCACCGCGCACACGAGGCCAGCAGCGACCCACAGCGGCCCCGGAGAUCUUCGAGGGGAGCGCGGAGGAAGAGGAGUUCCUGCAGAUCAAGACAACAGCAAAGGGGCUGCCCCGGCGGGUGCCUCCAGCCCCAGAGGUGGAUCCUGCUGUGCAGAUGCACAACGGCUCCGGCUGCGUCUGCCCCGUGCGCCCCGGCCCUCCCGGCCCCCCCGGCCCCAAGCAGCUGGGAUCAUCCAGCUCAGUGGGAAACCCAGGACCUCCAGGUCCUCCUGGGCUGCCCGGACCCCCAGGAUACCCUGGCCACGAAGGCCCCCCAGGGGUCCCUGGGCGGGAUGGGCAGCCAGGACCCCCAGGACCACCUGGGGCUGUGGGACCCCCUGGUUUCCCUGGGGCUGAAGGACCUCCAGGAUCUCCAGGCUUGGCUGGGACAGAUGGACCCCCAGGGGCACCAGGGCUCCCAGGGCCCCAAGGUCCCCCCGGGGCGCCUGGGCACGAAGGACCCCCAGGUCCCACAGGACCUGCAUCACUCCCUGGCAAACCAGGGCUCCGAGGAGAGCCGGGAUUCCCUGGACUAAAGGGCGAGAAGGGUGAAUAUGGACUGCCAGGCAUGCCAGGGAACCCUGGCCGGACCGGAGAGACCGGUGCCCCGGGCAUGCCUGGGCCCAUGGGGCCACCAGGACCACCAGGGGACUACAGGUGCGACCUGCGCCACACAGGGCACCAUGGAUCAGCAGGGCCACCGGGCCCCAAGGGAGAAAAGGGUGACCCCGGAGAGCGGGGGUGCUGCUAUGGGGAACACGGGUGCAAACCAGGCCACCCCCCCUUCCCCAGCACCGGCAGCCAGGCCGGCUCCUGGGUGCCCAUCAGUGGGUACCAGACGGGCAGCAAAGAGGAGACGGAGAUUUAUGGAGCAAUCAUUCCCCAUGUGAGAGACACUGCCUGGCUCCUGGUCUUCGAGGUCCUCCUGGGAACCCUGGCCCUCCCGGGCCCCCUGGGCCCCCUGGAGCACCAGGACUCCUCUACCUCAAUGCAGCCUCGGAUGCAGGCUGGGCAGAAGGUGCCGAUGUCCCUCGGACGGAGCCACUGGACUCCCGUGUUGAUCUCCAGGUUGGUCCUGGCCAUGGCCAUAGUCGAGCUCCCCCAGCCUGUCCGGCUGCCCCAUGCACCACAGCUGGGCCAUGACCCUGGGCCAUGA